GUAAAUCCAAUAAAAUAUACUGGCAUUUCAUCAGGUUUGUGUACUCUCUGGAAAGAAGAAGGCCCUUAUGCUCUUUGGAGAGGUUGGUCCAGCAAAUUAUUUGGAUACGGUGUUCAAGGCGGAUGCAAAUUUGGUCUAUAUGAAUACUUUAAGAAGAUUUACGCUGAUUUGUUGGUAGAUCAAAACAGGAGUAUUAUAUUUUCCCUCAGCAGUGCUUCUGCUCAAGUAUUUGCUGAUGUGGCUCUGUGUCCAUUUGAAGCUGUCAAAGUUCGUGUUCAAACUCAGCCUAAUUUUGCGAAGGGCUUGCUCGAUGGGCUUCCAAAAUUAUAUGCUACUGAAGGGCUUCAUGGCUUUUACAAGGGACUCUGUCCACUUUGGGGUCGUAAUCUUCCAUUCUCUAUGGUGAUGUUUUCAACAUUUGAGCAUUCAGUGGACCUGAUAUAUCGCAAUAUCAUUCAAAAAAGAAAGGAAGAUUGCUCAAGAGCGCAGCAACUUGGCGUGACAUGUUUAGGAGGGUAUGCAGCUGGAGCUGUUGGUACCAUAAUCUCUAACCCUGCGGAUAAUAUUGUUUCCUUCCUAUACAACAAGAAGGCUGAGACUGUGCUGCAGGCUGUGAAAAAUAUUGGGCUUGUCAAUUUGUUUACUAGGAGUCUUCCUGUUCGAAUUACACUUGUGGGACCUGUGGUGACUCUGCAAUGGUUUUUCUAUGACACCAUUAAAGUGCUAAAUGGAUUUGGUGGAUUAUAUGUGCUUGUCACAACCAGAAUUACAGAGCCAAAUGCUUUAAACAUUGCAAAGACACCUGAGCAUAAGUAG